AUGGCGAUGCAGAACUAUGCGGACAGAUUAGACAUCAUCAUCGUGGGUGCGGGGUUGGGUGGCUUAGCAGCCUCCAUCGAAUGCGCGCGUUCCGGCCAUAAUGUUACUGUCUUGGAGGGCGCCUCUGAGCUUGCUGAGGUUGGGGCUGGGCUGCAGAUAACCCCCAACUCAUCCAAACUGCUGAAGAGAUGGGGCGUCUAUGAAAAGCUCCAGAGCCAAGCGUGCGAGCCCAAGUCCCUGGUUGUCCACAGGUACACCGGCAAAAUUCUGGCCAAAGAGGACAAUUUCGACGAGCACAUGAACGAAAGAUACGGCUCCCCGUUUUCCGAUGUGCACCGCGUCGACCUGCAGCAGGCCCUCGUCGCAACUGCAAGAGAGUUGGGCGUUACCAUAAGACUCGGUCAGCGUGUCGAUGCCCUAGACCUCGACGCAGUCCGAGCUCGAAUCAGAACCACCAGCGGUGAUGAGUACCACUGCGACCUUGUAGUUGGAGCUGACGGCCUGUGGUCCAAGUGCCGGGAAUGUCUGCUUGGCCGCAAAGCCCAGCCGCUUCCGACCGGCGAUCUUGCCUAUCGCAUCGUGCUGAGGUUGGAUCAAAUUGAGGACCCUGAGCUGAGAGACAUGAUCGCCAACCCCCAACUGCAUUUCUGGAUCGGACCGGACGCACAUGUUGUUGCAUACUCCUUGAGAGGUGACAAGUGGAAACUGAUGCACCGUGAGGAGAUGGAUUCAUGGAUAAGUGAGCGAGGGAAUCUGGUGAUGAUCGGCGACGCUUGCCAUCCGAUGCUCCCUUACCUCGCGCAGGGUGCAAACUCAGCACUGGAGGACGGGGCAGUACUGGGAAGGGUGCUUGCUGGAGUUCGGGGAGGAUCAUCCCUACCACGCGCGCUCAGGCUAUUCCAGCGCUUGCGGAAGGCGCGAGGAGAAGCCAUCGUCCGAGAGACAUUCAAGCAGCGAGCAUCAUUCCACAUGCCGGAUGGCCCAGAGCAAGUAGCACGCGAUGAGCUCUUUUUGUCGAAGCUGGGUAAGGAAAUCGACUGUGCUUUUCCAAGUAGAUGGACGUGUCCCGAGGUGCAGCCGUGGCUGUAUGGAUAUGAUGCUUGGAGGGAAGUAGAUAACGCGUUAUGGAACGCCAGCGGUGUGGAGAACGCGACGAGGCUGUAA